UUCAGCCACGUGUAGUGCCGACAAACUCACGUGGGAGGCGGGGGAUCAGAUGACGCCUACUCCCCUUGCUACAAAGCGCAGGCUCGACUCCUCAGCUGGGGCUUCUGAGCCUCACACUAACCUCCCCCCAAGUCUUAUCUCAGCACCAUCCCAUCAUUAACAAGCCCCAUCCCAGCCUCAUCUCAACAUCUCAACCUCGUCCCAGGCUAAUCCCAGCCCAUCAUUAACAAGUACUGGCAACGCACUCCUGUCAUCACAAGAGUUCAGGACGAGUCUUCAAUCAGGAAGCAGCCAUGGCUCUCAACACUCGCAAGAAGUCUGCGCCCGUGCUGCUGACCGAGGAGCACCACGAGGAGCACCACGAGGAGCACCACGAGGUCGAGGCGGGAGGAGGAGGAGCAGCAGCAAGGGUAGGACCCACCGCCCGUCGUCUCUUCCAUCGCGCCAUCAGCGCCCCCGACGGAAACCAGCGGAGAGUUUCAGUGCAGCCUCCAUAUGCGCGUCUUCAUGGCAUGUUGCGCGAGACGCACGAGGAGGAGCACUUGGAGCUGAUUACAUCCUCAGAGGGCCACCACCAUCACCAUUUCCCGGAGGCCCAGCCACUCCCACCAUCAAAAAAAAGCAUGCCCAACAUGGCCGUGUUUGUCAUUACGCUCACGUCGUCUCCAGAGCAGGAGGCGGAGGGCAAAGACAGGGAUGACACCGACACAACCUCAAACAUGCUGAUGACAACGCACGUUUACUACGGUGGCCACGUGUUCAAUCUGUGCCGAAAGCCCAAGGUGGAAAAUGAAGACAAACACGAUAACUCCACCACGGUGUGAAGGAAACGGUGUACACGUUCAAUGUGUGUGUGCUGAAGAAAAUUAAUUUAAUAUGUGAAUAAGGCCUUGCAGACAAAGUUGAUGGGGCAAGGUCUUGUGUUAUGUUCACCUUCGAAAAGUUAUGGUCAUGUGCAUUUCUCCAUAGGAAGUUAGAAUGACAGUGCAGUCCAUUUAAAUCACCUUACUCAACAGUUGCCUUUCUGUUCUAGUAUUGGGUACAGAUAACGACGUUUUACUGUUGUAUACAUUCCAUUACUAGAUACAUUUCUUGUUCUUAAAACAGGAUAUAUUUUUUUCACCUGUAAUUUUUACUUGACCAGAACAUCACAGAAAGAUAUGUAUUCAACUUAACCAGUAUACAAUGCAAAGGCAGCUUACUCAGCAGACCAAUCUACUCAUUAUUUCUGCCUCAUGAUCUCAAUUAGGGUUCCCUUAAUCUGCCAAACAUUUUUGAGGGCAUACAUAGGACAUCAAUACCAUGCGUCCCUGGGGCUUCACUUCACUUUAGAAUGAAAAUUACUUGAAUAAAUGCUGUGACUAACAGAUUUGCAUAACGUUUAUUACAUGUAUUACACGUUUAACAAGGUUGUUGUGGAUGUUGUAGAGAUUGAAGACCCAUUUCCCUAAAACCUAUAUCUUUACAUUGGUAAUGUUUGGUAAGACCUCUUUUUCAUUUUUUGACUUAAAGAUUUCGUGACUGCAGGAAUUCAUAUUCUUGGUUCUUUCGGUAGGAAAAAAAAAUAAAAUUAACAAAUAAAAUAUAAACAAAAAAUCCACGACGUUUCAAUCGCAACAUAAGCGGUCUUCUAUCUAAAUUACUUUACCGAAAGUACCAAGAAUACCUCUUGUACAAUUGGAGAACAAAGAUAUUUCACAAAGUUUUACCUUACAUGUUACAUAGAACCAUGAUUGCUUUUAAUAACUUUAAAAAAACCUCUUCAUAAGGUGGAAGACACGGAUUUUGCAACAUACACUUGAGUACUUAUUAAAUGUCAGGCAAAAUUACAAGUGUGGAGAUUACAUGUAAUCAAGCACUGUUUUGAGUCAUACGAAAACAUUCGCUUCUGGUUAAUGAUUGCACGUGAUUGACUUGUGAUCAAUAUUACAGCCAUGUACCUACACAGAAACCUCUCCCAAACUACCCAGUAUAUAUGCGUAAGUGCCACUAGCCAGAACACGAGAUGAUCGUUUUGCCCCAGAUGAUGUUAUUUUGGAUCUAUGGAAACAAGUUGAGGAACAGACCGUGGCAUGUGAACACAGCAUUUUAUGUAUGUGAUAAAAAUACAUAUUACAGCCCAUGCACCAGAUUAUCUUGAAUUGUUCACAAGCCUUCGUAUACUUUGGAUGCCAUGUGCCAACUUGACACAAGAGUCAUUCUAUGAAACGUGGCUCUGCAGUCUCUAGCCAUAAUGAAUUCAAGAGUGUGGAAUGAAAGCCAGAAAAUAUUAAGCAUAACAAUAUUUGAUUAAUUUCAUUUUAUUAAUCACCACAAACAAAAAUAAACUAUAAAAAAUCUAAUUCACAAAUCAUUUUAAAACAAAUCAAGAUAUUCAAUUGGCUCAUGUGAGUUUAGUCAUUACAAAAUAUAUGCAUCAUAGAAGGUAUAAAACAUGCAUGUACUCUUAUUUUUUUAAACAUUUGCCAUUCUACAACACUUAUAUAACUGUGGGGGGGGGGGGGAAGUGUUCAUCAAUAAAAAAAAUGGAGAAGUCGUGAUUUUGUUAACUCUCCUGACAUUUAAAAUGGACGGGUAACUUAUGAAGGUCAUCAUAGCUGCAUCAGAGCACUGAGCUGGCACCAACUAAAGUCCCAGGUGUAUAUCUGGGCAAACGCCUGUGAUCAAACAAGGUCUUCGAGGAUAGCACAAUGCUCUCAACAUGAUCACCAGUGUCUGCACAACAUAGGACUACAAUCAUUAUUAGCUUCGCUUGGCUGUGAAGGUUCACGGUUGUAAGUAAAUAUUGAAUGAUGCUGUGGUUAGACUGCUUAACUCGCAAUCCAAAGGUUGCAAGAUCAAUUCUGGUCAGGGACCUACUCAAUCUAUAAACCCCAAUGUGGCAGAUAAAUGUGACACUUUGAGGAAUGUCAACAUUGGGCUUUCUAGGUGCAGCUGGCGCCAACCAUUGCAAUGCGCUUCCCUCACCAGCACGACUGCCACCCCCAAUGAUAAUUUGAGCAGGGAGACACUGGCUUAUUUACUUAUAAAUAUGAUGAACCGUGUAUUAUAGAAGAUUAAGGUGCACCAUCUAGUACUGAGAAGAGGACCCUAUUGAAUUGACCUGAAAUAAAUUGUGGUGUCAAAUUUGGGACUACUCCAUGAUGUGGCUUCAAGUCCAGCUAUGAAUUCGAUUUUUUCCCCAUCCUGCUAUGAAUCUGAUAUAGAAAAUGGGAUAGUGAACAAUUGCAAAUUAUAUAUUUGAA